GCUGAAAGUUCGCUGUGUGGAGGACAGUUUGUGUGGCGAGUUCGUGACGCGCGAAGUCCUCCCCUGAAAUUGCGUUUUGGUUUGUUAGUUGUUCAUUUGUUUAAUGGCUCUUAUUCUGCGAAACAGAGCAGGAAGACUGCUACGUUUCCGUGGCGCCGUGGUUGGAUCGUGGCUUCACAGUCAUCUGUCAACGUCGACGAUGUUACCUCAGACUUCUAAAUCAUCCAGUGAUCGUGACACGAAGAUUUACGAGCUGCGUACAUACUAUGUAAAGCCCAAGGCUUUUGGUAAGCGAACAACGGUUUUAACCACCAAGAAUUAUUUAUGUGGCCUAACUGAAGCUAGAGUAAAAUACCUUUCCUUAGGGAAGUCCCCACUUUGAGGAGGGAAGCUUAAGAGGUGAAGGGUGUAGAAACUCCCCCUUCCUAGAAGGGGAUAGGGGUAUUAUCAAGUUAUGUACCACCCAGCGGGAUGGUGAUCACCCUUAUAUCUAGAAUGAGCUCUAUGUUUGAGAUGUUUCCUCAACCAAGGUGUAAUAUAGACCAAUUUCGAUAUAUUAAAUUUCAAACUUGGCUGCGAGGCUUGGCAACUUGAUACCUGAGAAACCAACAUGCAUAUGCUAACUACCCCCAUAAAAACACAUCCGUCUUUUAACGUAGCUUCCUUCUCAUACAAUAAAUCUAUUUCCUGUCAGGUGAUUUCAUGAACUUAACACAUGAAUAUAUUCACCUCAAGUCUGACUCAAACUCCAAACUGAAUGGUUAUUGGACAAGUGACAUUGGAGGUGUGAAUGAAGUCACACACAUCUGGGAAUAUGGUAUUUGACUUAUUACACUGUAUUUUAAUAAAUAUAUGAUAAUAUGAAUAUAUCUCUUAUAAAUAUGGACUUUGGUCAACCCCUACUGUUAGACACCUCCCACAGGUGGACACCCGCUACAAGUAGACACUCGGUGAUGGUCCCAGUGUUAUACCAACACCAUACAUUCAAUUAUUUAAAAGCUCCCUCAAGUAGACAUCUCUCCGAAGUGGACACUUUUUCAGGCCCACAGGAUGCUUGCUAACAUGGAAAGUUCUACUUUUUGGGAAAAAAUAUUUACACAUGAAGGGUUAAUUGGUUUAGCUUUACAGAGUAAUAGAGGGAUUCAAGCUCAAUAAACCUUCAUGAGGGAGUAUGGAUGCUUUUUUGAUUACCUUUCAAACCCUUUUUCUCUUGGAAUUUACAGUCACCCUCUAAGGAGUGGGUAUGUUCUCUGGAGCCUCACAAUUUUAGCUGUCAUAGACAAUAUGCAAUUAGGUGCUCUUUGCAUACUGUUGCCCAACGAAAACAUAAACCACAUUUUUAUUUGUAGACAGCUAUGCACAAAGAGCGGAAGCAAGAAAAGGACUUUCCCAGGAUAAAAACUGGAUCAAUGAUUAUAUAAAGAAAAUGCUAAAAAUGUUGGACAAGCAGGUAAUUAUGUUGUACAUUUAUUAUUAAACAAUGUUAAGAAAAAUUUGCUGAUAAUAGAAGAGGGGCUUUAUUUUCAGGCCUCUAAGGAAGGAAUUUUAUAGUUUCCCCUGUCAGAAGUACAUGUGAAUGAAUUGCGAAAUGUUGGUAAUUAAUUUUUAUUAUAAUAACUGAUGAAAUUUGAUGAUUUUUUAAUAUGAUUUGUUGCAUGUUAAUACAACAAGUAAUGUGAUUUAAUUUGGUGACAGGAGUGCUGGGUAAUGAAUGCAGCCCCAUGGUAUAAAGUGAAGCCUCCACUCUCUACAGGAGGUAUGUGGUAAAGUCUUUUUCUUUUUUGGUCGAGGGGGUAGGGUGGUAGUGUUGGGGGCAGUAUUCAGUUAGGUUGGCAUAUUUAUGUUGCUCUUCUCAGGGCUGGAAAAUAAUCCCAACCAGUAGUCUUAAGGACAAGUAGAUUCUCUGGCUGGACAAAUAACUUGUCCUAAUGGAUAAGGGUACAGGCAAGUCAUCCGUUAAUAAAAUCAUUAAUUAAGAUGAGCAAGUGGGCAAGCAAAAUGAGAGAGCUGCUGGCCCAAAGGACAAGCUGGAAUUAAAUUUGUCUUUGAGCCCUGUUUCCUUUAUUCAUAUUUGAAUUCUCAGGUAAACACGACAAAAGGCCAUGUCUUAAGAUACAUGUCAACUCAUUUAUAUACAGGGUAAUUUCAGUCUCCCUAUGUUAGUGGGUUUGACGGUAUUCAGAGUUUGUGUAGAUGGUUUCUAUUAGAAAAAUUAAUAGUCUUUUUCUGUGUUGAAGGAAUUCCUAAAUGUAUUAUGAAACAAAUAGAAAGUAGGCUUCUUAACUGCUGCAUGGUACUCAAAUGUGCUGAAUACAAAUGGUUGAGAAGCUAAUGCAUUAUUUUACACCAGUUGUUGCUUUUCCCUCUCUGAAUUCAAGGCUUUUGAUAUCAAUUGUACAGGCAUAUGAACCUAAGGAAAAUGAUAGCAGCUGACUUUGUUUGUAUAAAUAGAUGUUACUUAUAAAUUACAAAACUUUCUUUUUUCUCUGUGUACUCUGUGUAAGGUGUGUAUGAGCUUCGUGUGUAUGACCUGGUGCUGGGUAAAAAAGAACAGUGGGAGCACAGAAUUAUUCAAGGUCUUCCUGUGCGCUGCAAGCUGUCUGAACCUGUUGGAGUUUGGUUUACUGAAUUUGGUCCUGUUAACACAGGUAUGAUAAUAAUGAUUUUAUUAUUUGAAGUCUUUUAUUUAAGAAAUAGAAGAAAUGUGAUGGUGUAUUUGAACUUUUUUUGUCUUAUUUUCAGCCAUUAUGUUAUGGUCUUAUCAAAGUCUAGAUGACCGUAUCAGAAUUCGUAAUGAGGCACAACAGAUGGAGGAGUGGACUGAAGCAGGUAAGAGUUACUAGGUCAAACAAGACACUAUUGGAGGGGAAAAUUGGGCAUCAUUGUAUCACGCAUAUGUGAGGAUUUUUUGUUGAAAAAGGAGACAUGGAGCCAUAGUAGACUUUGCUUAGUAUGUAAAUGGCUCAAAUUUUUCUGCAGAAUUUUUAACGUAACUGGUUCACCGAAUAGGACUGGGAGCAACCUCUUCAUUUUGAGUGGCAAGUGAAUGUGGCAAAGCUGUGAGGGGGCAGGAAAUGAAGAGCUCCCACUUUCGUUCCCUGCACCUUGCUUCUGUGUCUCCUUUUGCGUGCCACUUGCCUGUGACUUCUCUCGAUUUCCCUUAAAUGGAGAGCUUUCUUGCAGGCUGUUAAGGUUUUCAUUGUUAUGAGAGAUGGUUGCGUGGACAUUAUAAUGGCUCAGUCAAUUCCAAGCAUACCCAUACCCCCAAAAGCAUUUGUCAAGUGCUGACAUCUCCAGAGGCUCUUUACGUCUGAAAAAGAGUGGACAAAAUUGCUCAAACUUGUCUGUAGCCAAACCUGUCAAUUCCAAUCACUUUUACGAGAUUUAUCUCCAGUUAUUGCAAGAAAUAGCUCCGUUUCUAAAGAAAAAAUAACUGUCUUCCAAACUGAAAAGUAUACCUGUGUUGUUUUAAAUGUUGAGAAUGCUUGGCCAUAAUUUGGUAUUAUGAACACCGUUACAGAGUCCUGUCCACUUUCAUGACCCACACUUACAAGAUCUCAGGAACUCGGUUUACAAAAAUGAAAGUCCUCUAAGACUACAUGAGGUUACUGGCGUUUAAUAGCAAUGAAAACGGCAAAAAAAAGGGGUUCUCUACUCUUUUUUUUUUUUACACCAGGCUUCAUGUACUGACUAAAGAAAACUAAAGACGAGGAAACAAAGAUUGAAAACUCAAGAUGCUGGUUAUAUUAAAACACAGGUCUCAACAUUUAGCUCCUGAUUUCCGUAUCAAACAAAAAUGUAAAAAAUCCUGGCAGUCACUUCUGAUACUAAAUUACGAAAUUUUGUGUUAUUUUUCAGUAAGAGACUGCCUUCCUUUUGAAAACAGAGCAUUUUCUAAAGUUCUCACUCCAACAGAGUUCUCUCCUUGGAAAUAAAUGCACUUGUUGAUGCCUACAUGAACAGAGAAAAAUGGGAUGGGACAAGAAAUACAGACUAUUGCUCAAAGCUCUCCACAGCAAGAUGAGAAAAUGAACAAGACGAAUUAGCCGUUGUGAAAGUGGGAUGUGAAGUAUCCCAAGUAAAUGUUGUUCUGAAACUCUUACAAGAAAUACACUACUAGCUGUUUCUUGGGUUCUACUUAAGUACAAAUUCCAGUAGGUUCUCUAUCCAGCUGAAAGACGAAAAAUGGACAUAACCAGUUUACCAUAUGAACUGUUAUUCAGUCUCAUGACUGUUAAUUUUUUAAAAGGACAAGAAAAAAUGACUAUUUCAAUUAUGAGAGGACGUAUUAUGAUUUUGGUGUCAAUAGUACUAUGGUAAAUACAUACCAGUAGCUUUCCACACAAAGAUAUUUUUGACUGUUACUUUACCGACCAAACCAUUUGAAGGGGAGGGUUACAUAACAAGCCAAAAGAGUGUCUGCAUAGGACCCUACACUAGUCAUAAUAUUACAAUGAUGAAUAAGAAGAAUGACCAUAAAAUAUUGUCGAGCUACAGUACAGUCAACUUUUUCUUAACGGAGACUGGCCUUUAUAAGAUGGACACCUGCUGUUGGUCCCUGCCGUUUUGCAGUCAUUUUACUGUAACUAUUAACUCCCUAUAAGACGGACAACGGACACUUUUGAAGUGCGUUAUGUAAUGAAAAAUACCUCAAAACGGAAAUGAAGGUGCCCCAAAUGACACUAAAUUCGGUUUUGUGGGCCCCAAUUUCACUGAAAACUCUCCUUGAAGAAAGCUCCCCCGUACGAGCCUAGCCAGUUCACAGACCCUCUAUUUCGUCUUGAAAGUCCGUCGAGCUCGGGUGAUAAAAUAUAAACCGCACGGGAUGAGAUUUAUUGUCCGCCAGCGCAAAGGGGUAGUGGGGGAGGGCGGGGGGGGGGGGGGGGGGGGGGGGGGGGGGGGGGUACCAAAAAGCGCGUUUGUGCGCCCCAGAUUAGCAACAACACCCCGCCCAAACAACGCCCCCCCACCCGGCCCUGCGCUUCUCACACACCCAACUUCUCGGUUGGAAGGGCCGUGCGGCCGGGGAGAAAAAAAAAAAAGCGGGGGGGGGGAGGUGUUGUGGCGGGGGGGGGGAGGGGGGGGGGGGGGGGGGGGGGGGGGGGGGGGGUGAGGGGGACGUGCGAGAAGAAAAUCUUCUCGCGCUUCGUGCUCGUUCUCGCUCGUCAAUGUUUUCGAAAAGAACGAAAAGAAAAAUAAAACAACGUCUGUGUACAGGCUAGUACGAGCCAGACAGGUACGGCGAACAGUCGGAGUUGCAGGAAAGAAGAACACGAGAGCAGCGCUGGCCUUCGAUUGCACCAAACUUUGUAGGAAUAUUUACUUUCCCAGGCUAGUCAUUUCCUGUGGGUGCCGGGUUAAAUUUUCUAAUUCCAGCUAGUUAGCAGCAAAUGAAAUUUUCAGACCCGAAGACCCCCCAUGAAGUACUUUUUCUUCCUUUUUUCUAGAUUUUAUUCACGUUUUAUUUCCAACACAGGUACAACAAUACAGAUGUUUUUUUUUUUAAAUCUGGAUGCGGAUUGUUUUCUCUUCUCUUCCUGAUCAUUAUAUGAAUGCAGGCCGUAAUUUGGAAUUUAUCUGCAUAUACUUUCUCUUUUUUCUCCUGAAUUGUAAGAGUUUGCGCUAUCUCAUUCGUGAAAUGUGCAUGCGACUCGAUGCAGCUAGAAAAGAAACUAUUCUCGUCACGUAAAAGAGAAAAAUGUCGUUUUAAGAAGAGGAAGUGAGAAAUAGGUUAAUCUGAAGACGCAGGAAACAGGUCGCUACCUCUAGACUGGUUAAAAGUGUUAUUUACCAAAAGGAAACAACUGAAAAACCUCAGUGUGGAUACCUCACUUUCGAACGAGACUUAACGUCAUUUUAUGAGGCGGGGAAUUAGAAAAAGCGGUUGACUGGAAAUGUUUUGACGUGGGAAAUGGAAUGGCUUCCACAUCAGCAAGUCGUUUGGUAUGUGGCAUAGAUCGUGUCGCGAUGCGUUCAACAGGAUGAAACGGGAUCGAAAGAUAAAAAGACUGUAGAAAUCCACAGCACUCGGAAAACGGACAUACUCAAGUAUGUCAGUCUGUUCGCGCAGAGAAGAGGCGGACAUGAAAAUGAUACGUCCUGUAGCUGAUGCACGGUAGAAAAUUGUCACUAGUCAGUCAUGAUUCGAACUUUGUUGCUUUUUUCUCGCUCCGUUUUCGCCACUAUCUUGGACCCUAGAACAGGGUUAUUCAGACUUAAGGAAUGUUCAGAUUCCUGUGAGACAGAAAAAUCAUACCCACACUCUUUGCAAAGGCCCUUGGUCCAUCUAAAUCGAAAUGCCUCCCUGAUCUAUGCCCUAACAGUAUGUGAUACAAGUUCCUUCUGGCAAAAAUACUGAACAUGGAUUUUGCCAAUAUUUUUUCUUAUUGAAAGGAAGUAUUGUUGUCAUUAAAAUCAUGAAAUAAAAGAUGAAGGUCACCGUACUUGUUUUUGCGGGAGAGCUGCAGAAAGUGUAGCCUGAAAUUCAUGUGAUUGCUUCGAGUCGUUUUCUCCUCUCAAUUACUGAGGGAGUUAUAACGACUCUAAGUGAUCCGAUGAAAUUCAGGCUACAGAAAGUGCGCACCACCUGCAUUCCUUGUGAUUUUUGAGUGAGGACUGGGACGAGGUUCAAAACGGCAUGCAGGUCAUGCAGGUGGAAGGUGGAAGAAAGCAUUGAAAAAUACGGUUUUAUGGAAUUUACAUCGGGAUAUCACAGUUAGGAUUACGAUGUAAAAUUCCCUUUGCGUUUCUCUUCGAUGAACUUCAUUUUAAUAAUUUUUCUGCAGAAACCCCGGGAGGGCGGAGGGUACUUGGGUUAAGUUUUGCUGGGUAUGUGCCCUGGUCUCUCGGAGCCCUUACCCUAUUCCAGGGGCUUUACCCUAUUCUUGCUGUUGUCUCGCCAAUUAUAGACCCCAUCUUAGUCAUUUUUGGGCAAAUGUAAUUUUCGCGAUCCCAACUUAGUCACUUUCGUUUUAUGUAUUUACCUUAUCAAUCCUUUAAAUAGGUAAUCCUUAAACGAAUUGACCCAUUUUUUAACUAACCUACUUAAUUCCGGCUUGGCACCAGUCAAGUCAAAAUGCUUGUAUUGGUGACUACAAUCAGUGUGCCAAAUUUCGUGUUUGCAUCUAAAAGUGCACGACUCACCUGAUAUUUCGAGCUAUGUCGGUCUCGCCCAGGGGGGCCCCCUGGUCUCGCCCGUUGUGGAAAACUUUCGCCGCCGGUUUUUACCCGACCCACCCUCGACCCACCCGACUGUCUCCGAAGAUGGCUUGUGGUGAGCUUCGGCUGCCUGUGGUUUCAGGUUGUCUCGCCCUCCUCGCAAACGUCCGCCUAAUUAACCUGACAUUAGGCUUUUUUUUUUUAGCUUAACGUCCGCCCUGUCAAGUUAGACUUCUCAAUCAUCUCAUGAUCACGAUAUGACGAUUUACGAGCUGCGUACGUACUCUGUAAAGCCCAAGUACUUUGGUAAGGGAAGAAUGCUUUGUUGUUCAUCUAGAAGGCAGUGCGACCGGGUGCGACCAUUUCCACUGACCCCUAACUCAGCUCCUGCCGGAUAUUUCUCGGACAUUUUUUAAUGGAAAGUUGCAAAUACUCCUAAGGAAAGACCAUCAGUGUGGGGCAUAAGUGUGCUUAAAUCCCUGUAGAAGGAGGACUGAUCAGGUUGGGUAAACUUCAGUCGCCUUUGUCCUUUGCUCACCUUGUUUUCUGUUUGGUUGUUUAAUGGUCCAUGCCUCUCCCUGAAGAUGCUGAAAAUCGCAAAUCCAUGCCGUUGAUCAGAACUUUUGGUUAAUACAAUUCAACUAAAAAUGAAGAAAAAGGCCAAGAAAAAACGAUGUGAAAGUUUCCCCGCUAUUCUUGAGGACUCGUCACAGUUCACUCAGUUUUUCGGGGCUGGGUGUCAGGAGGUGGAAAGGGGUGUUGAUAACUGGCACUGUCGGAUCCACCCCAGCAACCCUUCCCCCAAACUUUUGUCACUAAGGGCCUGUUUACACGGAGGUGGGGACCCCAGGUAUGUGAGGUAACCCGUUUAGGUGGGGUAAUAUGCCUAUUCAUAUAAUGUCUCAUAAUUAUGAUCACCCCACCUAUCAUAAUUAAUGUGAGAGAUUGUAUGAACAGACGGGUUACCCCACCUACCUGGGGUCCCCCACUUCCAUAUAAACAGGCCCUAAGUGAGGUCUGAUUCGGUACAAUUUAGGUUUUGCUGACACCUACAACUAGCUUUGAUCCUAAGACAUGACAUGAAAACUUGUUCAGUGUAAUCUUGCAUGGCUCGAGAGGCUUUAUUUGACCCAUACAGGAGACUGUAUUAGCACAGAAAACCAAAUGGGAACUAUCCUAUGGUUUAAAUUGCCCCAAAAACAUUGACAAUGACAGCUAUCUUCAGUUUGGUGUGACAGUGCUUAGUAAUUUUUUUAUAGAUAUAAGUUAUAUAAUUAUCUUUUAUGCACAGCUCCAAAACAAAUACCUGUAUCAGUUCCAUAAAAAUAUUGGAUUUUCACUAAUCUGCAGUAUACACCUCUAAGCAAGAGGAAAAGUCCUGAUCUGUCUUAAAUUAUUUUUCACACAUCUUUUCAUUGGAGAGUUCCCCCAUUAAUUUAUGCCUCUGGUGUGCUUCGCUCCUGCUCCCAAUUUAUUGUCAGUUAAUGUAGAAACUAGUUGUGGUUUUUGUAUAAAUUUAUACUAAAAAUGAGGCAAAUAAAAAAAUUGUAAUAUUAUUAAUAUAUUUUACUUUCCACUAUCUAUUGUUUCCAAAUCUAUUUCUCAACAGGUGACUUUAUGAAAUUAACACGUGACUAUAUUCACCUCAAGUCUGACUCGAAUUCAAAACUGAAAGGUUAUUGGACAAGUGAGAUUGGAGGUCUGAAUGAAGUCACACACAUUUGGGAAUAUGGUAAUUAUUUGAUUUCUUCAUUAUACUUUACUUAUAUUAAAAUAUAUUACUGAAUAAUAUAAAUGUUAUUCUAAUUCGGGGGCGAGCCUCUCUCCUCCGCAGAGGCUCCCGCUGGGCAUCCCCGUAAAAAUAGCAGUAAUCGAAAAAAUAGAAAGUUUGGGGGCGGGGGGGGGAAGAUGAGAAGAGGGAAAAGGUGGGACUCAACACAUAGAGGCCUCUGUAGCAGAGAGAAGGGGCGAGCGAGGUGUUCAAAGGACAAGUAGUGCUAAUCCAGGGCCGGGUGCAACUCAAGAACAUUAUUAUAAUGUUGGUAUACCAAGCAAAUCUUUCUCUGUUGUUGCUGUCACUGUCAGCUGGUGACAAACAACUUAACACCCAGUCCAAAAAGCUGACAGAAUUAACCCUGUCAUUUUUGUGAUGUAUUAUUGUUCCCUAGAGUCUUGUGUUUUUUAAUCCAGAUUUUUUAAUUGUAGACAGCUAUGCACAAAGAGAAGAAGCAAGAAAAGCUCUUUCCCAAGAUGAAAAUUGGAUGAAUAAUUAUGUAAAGAAAAUUCUGAAAAUGUUGGUGAAGCAGGUAAUUGUUGUAUAAAUAUGAUUAAUGGUCUGCCUGAGAAUAGCUCUGCCUUAAAACCACAAAUGAGGGGCUUGAUUCAUUGGGGGUUAAUUUGAAACCUUAAACUUUGCACUUGUUAAUGCUCUGAGUAAACAGAACUCCCCCCCCCCAAAAAAAAAAAAAAAUUGAUACCAACUGUCAAUUUUUUUUCUUAUUGAAAGACCACCUUUUAAUAUUUUCUCCGCUUAUGCUGUACAAAUAGUAAGUAUACAAUAACCUAUUACAACAGUUCAGAUACCAGUAAUUUAUUUUACUGCUAUUUUAUGAUAUUGUAUGGAACUGAAUAAAAAAGAUGACUAAGUGAGAGCCACUUCACAACAAAUUGGAUUUCGCAAAUACUGGGCUUACCAGAAAUGGGGUCAGAACUUCUUCUCUGAGACUAAGAAUGUCUAAAAGUAAUAAUUAUUAAUUUGGCACAAGGAUAAGUUAUGAGUAUACAUUUCAGUUUUUUCUGUGUGUAUACAAGAGCUAGGGUUUAGGGGACACAUGUAUGCUUUAUUGAACAUUGUAACAGAUCUGUAAGUAACAGACAAAAAGUAAUAUUUUUUUGCCUGGUAAAAUUCAAGAUUUUUUUGGUGACAGGAUAGUUGGAUACUGACUGCACCACCAUGGUAUGAAGUGAAGCCUCCACUAACCACAGGAGGUAAGUGGUGGAUUCUAAUUUUGAGGGCAGGGACUGGGGCUCACAAUGGACAGAAGUUUGCAGUUUCUAAGUUUUAUUGUCAAGCUAUAAAGCUGUUGGCCCAACAAUGUUGGGAGUUGUUGCAUUGGUUUUCAUGUAGCUAAAAUUUUGACCGAUUUCAAACUUUGUACAACAACUUCCAACAGAGUGUGCAUGCAAUUAACGGAUGCAACAUGUAACAUCCAACAAUGUUGCAUCUGUUUGCAUGUGGCUUAAGAGAAACCACAAACCUUUUACAAAAAUGACUUUUUGCUGGAAUUUUUCUCGCUGUUCGGAAGGAUGAGCCCACGCUCUUCCCCCAAGAGGAGAGUGGCAUAGGGUAAACAAGGUGGGUUGUGGGCAAUUCUGAAAAUGGUGAAUACUCUCACAUGUUCUUUUAAGUGGAUCAUUAGCGUUUUUGUCUAUAAAAUUGUUGAUAGCCAUUGGUGAAAAAAAUAACGACAACAACUGGAUUGUAUUUUUCUGUUUCUCUGUUGAGGUGUGUAUGAGCUACGCAUGUACGAGUUGGUGCUGGGUAAAAAGGAGGAGUGGGAGCAAAAAAUUAUUGAAGGACUUCCUCACCGCUGCAAGCUCUGUGAACCUGUUGGAGUGUGGUACACAGAAUUUGGUCCUCAAAACACAGGUGAAAUUAUUAAAAUUAAUAUAAUAUGAAAUAUCACGAAUAUUUAAAAUAAUUGGUUUAUUAGUUUCUCCUCUAUUUUCCAGCCAUCAUGUUGUGGUCUUAUAAAAGUCUUGAUGACCGUGUGAGAAUUCGUAAUGAGGCAAAGCAGAUUAAGGGAUGGACUGAAGCAGGUAAUGUCUAACAAGAUGCAUUACUGUUUGUCAGGCAGUGGAGUAGGACUCAUAAUAAAGUGAUUCGGAGAGUUUUAGCAUCAACUAGGAGUAUGAGAGUUAGAAUUGUAUGCAGAGCAUGCAUACAUUUUAAUCAAUCCUGCUCAUAUCACCUUCCUAGUGGGUAGCAAUUUUCAUGGAUACGUGUGUGGGUCUACUACCCAGGUAAAAUGAUGCACCACACACAGUACGUUGUUGGUAUUUGAAAUCAAAACUAGUUUAACUAUGAACAAUACCCAACAUGAUCAUAUUGUUUUUGCAACAACGAAAAACAUCCCCAGUACACUGUAGUUAUUUUUUAAAAUAGAGACAUUGCCUUCACUUCCAGAACUUAAAUUUUUAAAAUUCCUGGCAGUUACAAGGACUUCCAGCUGAUUCUGUAUUUUAUAUUUUUUAGUUCGAGAAUGCCUUCCUUUGGAAACCAGAGCAUAUUCCAAGGUUCUUAAACCAACAGAGUUCUCCCCGUGGAAGUGAAUGAGAGGUAGAUCUAAAUUUUAGCAAUAAAAAUGUUGCACUUCAGAAUUCUCAACACAAGCAGAAAAUAAAAAUGCUUUAUAUAAAAUUUACCCUAACUGUAACAUAGGUGAGUAGCAACCAGCCAGAAACAUUUGCUUAAUUUCUAGUUGUUUUUGUCAGUGAUGUUUAUCUAGGCAUUCAGGGUGUGUGUUAAAAAUAGUGGAAGCCAAACUAAACAGUCAAACAUGCAGGAAAGACUGCGGAGAACCUUUCUUCACUCUGGCACUUUAUUGUUUACCCACUCUCAACUGUCUGAAUGCCCAAAACAGGCAAGGGUUGAUCUUCGACUAGUUGUGAUACAAAUAUAAAUCUUAAUGUCAAUUCAAUCUUGUUGUUUAUGUUUAAUAGCAUUUUUUGCUGAAUAUCUUCCCCCAUUCUCACCCAAAAGGUAGGGUACUGUGACUGUGUGUAACUGUAAAAUUUGAUGGUUUGUUCUCAGGAAAACCAACCCAUGUAUGUCAUGCAGCUCGCGGAAGUCAAGACUUCUUUAACCAGAAGAUACAAUACUGACUCACAUUCACCUUCAUGUACAUGACAAAAUAGAAUAGAACAAGAAAUAUAGGCUGUUGCUCAAAGCACUCAGAAC